GUAGAUCCGUUUAACAUCACAUACCCGACCGCUGUCCAGACUUCUCUCCCCGCACAGGCCUGCCUCGCGCGGUUCGACCCUUCAGGAAGAUAUAUAGCAGCAGGGCGCAGCACAGGGAUGGCAGUAGUAUGGGACCUGGAGACGCGUGCAAUCGUGAGAUGGCUUGAGGGACACGUCAAGGGCAUCACCAACAUCGACUGGUCGCGGAACUCGAGGUUCGUGCUGACGAGCUCGUUUGACUGGAACGUUAUCAUCUGGGACCUGGCAGCGGACAUGGAUCCUCCGCAACGACACGCCACGAUCCGCUUCGAUGCUCCAGUGAGCUCUGCACACUUUCAUCCACGCAACUGUCAAAUCGUACUGGUCCUGUUGACCACAGGUGACGCGUACCUUGUCGACCUGAGAGAGAAACACAGAGGCCGUGUCGAGCUUUACGAAGUACAGGACGAAAGCGACGAGGAAGCGCAGAUCGCGGCUUCGAGGUCUGCUAUGACCGUGGCUCGUUUUGACCCUUCAGGUAAACACAUAUUCAUUGGCACCUCCGUCGGCUCCAUUCUGGUAUUCAAUACACGGACAAAAUCAAUGGUCGCCCGGCACAAAAUCGCGGGCGCUGGCAUCAUGCGGGGGCUCGACUUUGCAAAAUCAGGCCGGCGCCUCGUCACAAACUCGUCCGACCGGACGUUGCGGCAGUUCAACCUGCCGGCGUACUUGCCCCCGAACGCGGACCGAGAAUACAUCGAGCAGGAUCUCGAACCCUCGCAUCGCUUCAACGAUCCCAUCAGUCGCACGUCCUGGCACGGCAUGUCCUUCAGCCCUGAUGGAGAAUGGCUUGCAGGAGGCGCCGACGACCCUGCGACGCACAAAAUUUACAUAUGGGACAUCUCGAAUGACGGACAGUUUGCGAGCGCGCUCGAUGGUGGCCGGGAGCCGCUGGUGCACGUUCACUGGCAUCCGUCGAAACCGGCGAUCGCGUCGACAACCAAGCAAGGGAACAUUUUGAUCUGGCACUGUCCUACGCCGGAGCGAUGGGGAGCCUUCGCGGGCGGAUUUGAAGAGGUCGACGAGAACGUCGAAUACGAAGAACGCGAGGACGAAUUUGAUAUCGAGGACGAGAGCGAAAUCGCGCUACGGAAGAUGAAGGAAGAGGAUCAGGAGGUGGAUAUUUUGACCGGCGUUGA